UCAUCUUCUCUUCAUCUUGCGCUGACAUUUUGCCCAAAAUUCCCUCUUCCGCAGCAUCCCGACUCCAACAAAUCGAAGAACAAGUCGUCGUCGAAAUGGGUGACGAAGCUCCAACCCAGAGGUUUGAGACCCUGCAAUUGCACGCAGGUCAAGAGCCCGAUCCCACAACCAAGUCUCGCGCCGUACCCAUCUAUGCCACCACAUCCUACACCUUCAAUGACUCCGCCCACGGUGCGAGGCUGUUCGGCCUCAAGGAGUUUGGCAACAUCUACUCCCGUCUCAUGAACCCAACAGUCGACGUUCUCGAGAAGCGAGUGGCUGCACUGGAAGGUGGUGUAGCAGCUGUGGCCACGGCAUCCGGCCAGGCCGCCCAGUUCAUGGCGAUUGCAAACCUCGCACAAGCCGGGGACAAUAUCAUCUCCACAUCCAACCUGUACGGUGGCACCUACAACCAGCUCAAGGUUUUCUUUCCACGACUCGGAAUCCACACCAAGUUCGUCAACGGCGACAGCCCGGCAGACUUCAAGCCGCUCAUCGACGAGAAGACCAAGGCCAUCUACCUCGAGACCAUUGGCAACCCUCGCUACAACGUCCCCGACUUGGAGGCCAUCGCAAAGAUCGCCCACGAUGCAGGCAUCCCGGUCAUCGUCGACAACACCUUUGGAGCGGGAGGCUUUUUCUGCCGUCCCAUCGACCACGGCGCGGACAUUGUCGUGCACAGCGCGACGAAGUGGAUUGGCGGACACGGCACCACCAUUGGCGGAGUCGUCGUCGACUCCGGCAAAUUCGACUGGGGUACUCCAGAUGCCCGCAAGCGCUUCCCACAAAUGAGCGAGCCGUCCGACGGGUACCACGGACUCAAGUUCUUCGACACCUUCGGCGCCAUCACCUUUGCCAUCCGCCUGCGUGUCGAGAUUCUCCGUGAUCUGGGCGCGGCCCUCAAUCCUUUCGCAGCACAGCAGCUGAUACUCGGAAUCGAGACGCUGAGCUUGCGUUGCGAGCGUCACGCUCAGAACGCUCAGAAGCUGGCGGAGUGGCUGGAGCAGAACCCGAACGUUGCAUGGGUCAGCUACCCAGGUCUAGCGAGCCACAAGUCCCACGAGAUCGCGAAGAAGUAUCUCCCACGCGGCUUCGGUGGUGUGCUGUCGUUUGGUGUCAAGGGUGGAGAGCAGGCCGGUAGCCAGGUCGUCGAUGGCUUCAAGCUGAUCUCCAACUUGGCCAAUGUUGGAGACUCCAAGACGCUGGCUAUUCACCCGUGGACCACCACCCACGAGCAGCUGAGUGAUGAGGAGAAGAUUAGCAGUGGUGUGACUGAGGACCUCAUUCGCAUCUCGGUCGGAAACGAGCACAUCGACGACAUCAUCGCCGACUUCGAGCAGUCUUUCAAGUCUGCCGCGACCAAGCCCAACCAGCAGGGCAGUGACAACGCCAAUGUCACCGGCGAUGCGAACGCUCCCACCAACCCAACUGUUUAG